AUGCCCUCGUACAUGAUCGAGAGCCCUAAAUUCGAGGCUUGCAAGCCAAAGAAACGAUCUCAUUACUCUUCUUCGAUGCUGCUCUCUAUCCUCUUAUCGAUCUUCUCUUACAUUUUGAUCUUUUACGUUUUUGAAGUGUCUCCAGCGUCGAUUUUUAAUAAUACAAAGGUUUUGUUCUUCAUUUCCAAUACUCUCAUCCUCAUAAUCGCCGCCGAUUAUGGCGCCUUCACUGAUAAAGAGAAUCGCGACGUUUACGGUGAAUAUACUACUGCCACGGCAGCGAUGAGAAGCCGUGCGGAUAACUACUAUUCUGUUCCGGUCAUGACGUACCAAGAAAUUCCGAGAGAUGAAGAAAUCAAGAACCCUAUCGAUGUCGUAAUCAAGAACCCUAAAGAAGAAGAACCGAUGGUGAAAGAGAUCGUGUGUGUUUCGUCGUCUCCCGAGAAGAUAGGAAGAGUGGUGAGCGAGGAAAAGCCGACAAACGAUCUAGCUAUCGAGAAAUACAAACCGGUUACUGAUCAAAUUGCGGCUAGUGAAGAAGCUUGUGAUGCAAGAAAACAUACGAACCCUAAGCCGUUCGGACGAAGCAAAUCAGAUAAGCAACGGAAGGUGAAGAUAACCGGAGAUACAAAGGCCAAACGUAAAAGUUAUCGUCGAAGCGAAUCGGAUAGAUCGAAAUGGAUGGUUGUUCGGGAGAAAUGGGAGAAUGUUAAAGAAGAAUCUGAAGACUUCUCAAAGUUGUCGAACGAAGAGUUGAACAGAAGAGUCGAAGACUUCAUCCGGUUCAAUAGACAGAUCAGAUUGCAAUCACAAGUUUCGUCUACUUGA